CAGUAUAUGGCGCCAUAAUUAUUGAAAAUGGCUGCUCAAGCUACAGAUCAAGUUGAAGAGGAGGCGGCGGAUUUGCAAUUUCCUAAAGACUGGCUGCGUGUGAUGGGACAGGACACCAGUGUGACCUCUAUAUGUUAUAUAUGUUCUUCGAUCCUCCGUGAACCAUAUAUAUGUUGUGCUGACUGUAAUAAUGCUGUGGAGAUUUGUCCUUCAUGCUUUUCAAUUGGAGCUGAGCGUGAACUUCACAAGAACUGCCAUCAGUACAUUAUCGUGAAAAAUGAGUUCCCGCUGUAUGAAGGAUCAACUUGGGCAGCAAAUGAAGAAAUUGAACUAUUGGAUGCAGUGUUCGAAUGUGGGCUGGGGAAUUGGAGCGAUAUUUCUCGCCGUUUGCAGACUCGGUCAGCACAGGAAUGUAAGAAACAUUAUGUAACAUUCUACAUUGAUAAUCCAGUACCUGAGCUUCCAAGAUUCAAGCAACACAUUCAACCAGUGACCUCAGAAGCACCCUUUGAAUAUCGACCUUUGGAAAUGGAGGAGCCCCCUCGAUAUUUGCCUGGUUCCAAUAGGUAUCGUGCUCUGGGAGGAUAUAAUGCAGCAAGGGGUGACUUUGAUAUUGAAUAUGAUAACUAUGCUGAGACUUAUGUUUCACAGUUGGAUUUCAGUACAUUUGAGCCUGAGGAUCCCUACUAUGAGAUUGGAACUGCCUUACAGACAGCUAUAGUGAGCAUGUACAAUGUGCGACUCCGAGAGAGAGAAAGGCGGAAACGAGUGGUUCGAAACCACGGUUUGAUUGUUUUGCGAAAGACCUUGUCAGGUCUGAUUCGUUAUGAAAGAACUGUGACGCGGACGAAUGCAGAACGACUACUGUUAUUUAUGCAGUUGAUGCCGGGUAUUGAUUUUGACUAUAUAAUGGAGGGGUUGCAUCAUGCGGGUGAACUGCGGCAGUACAUUCUUCGUCUCCAAGAUCUCCGGGAGAAUGGAAUCACACAUUUCCACAGCUGUCGUCUGUUUAGGAAGCUGCUUCGCAUCAGAGUGGCACACCGCAAAGAGCGACGACUGUUGCAGUCCUAUCCCACAAGCUCCUGGCCAUCCUUCACUGACUCAGUGCCAGCCCUCAGCCCUGUUAUUAAAGCUUUUCCGAAUGUUUCUACUAGACCCCUUCCCCCACCAUUAGACAUAGUUGGUCUGCCAGGCUAUGAACGACUGUCAGCAGCUGAACGCCAACUCUGUUCUGUCACAAGAUUAGUGCCUGAGUCAUACCUGGAGUUCCAGCGGAUCCUCGUGGCAGAGUGCAAGAGAAACUUGGGUCUGAAGCUAGCCCAGGCAAGAACGCUCAUCAAGAUCGAUGUGAACAAGACAAGGAAGCUCUAUGAUUUCCUGUUGAAGGAGGGCUUCAUAUGGAACCCAGCCUAGUGUUGGUGUAUGUUCACUUUGCUUCCCAGCAUUCUGAAAGCUGAUGAUGUGAUUGAUGAGUUUACAGUUGGCCCUCUGAUUUGCACAAUCGUCAUGUUCCCAAGAGAGGUUUUGCGACUCAAACAUUUUCUCGUUCAUUUGGUUUUCACUGAGAAAUAUAUAAUUAAGUUAAUGUUUAUAAGACUUUUGAUCUUUGGUUCAGUGUAUUGCACAGUCCAGCUGGCUGAAAGCCAUAUUUCUUCGGUAUUAAAUACCAUGACAUCAAGAUUAAAAUGUGGCCGCCAAGCACACAGAAACCAGAGACGUAAAAUCUACUUUUGCCUCGUGAAACACUGCAAAUCCCUAAAUAAAAUAUGGCCAUCACGUGUGUAGUGCUGGGAAAUGUGAACCCCCAGAUUCCAGAUGAUAAAUGUUGGCUGAACACUAUUCUUUUGAGAUGUUUACAGUUCGUAACUGUUUGUUCUUG